AAGGUGAGCAGUGUAGAAAUGUCCAGGUGUUGGUAUAAUACUAAUCUGUAUAAAGAUAAGAAACACAGACUAUUUGACAGUCAGUACUUAUAGUGAGAGUCAAACUAAGUAGACUAACCACUAGUAUCUUAGUUUAGAAAACAAAGACAUAAGUUAAUAUUUGUCGUGGAUUAUACUGAUGCUGAGAGCUACUCAUGAAAGUUACUGAUAUUUCUCAAUCCACUUAAAGAGAAAUUGACUUCAUUUGAAAUACAUCAAUAUUUUACAGUUUAUUGUAUAAAGUGAGAGUUUAAACUGUUUAUCAAUUUUACUGCAGGUUCAGCGAUGAUGGAAUUAUAAAUUGAUUACUUAUAGAAUGGCAGACCUUCAGGAUUAUGUGUUGAUUACAGUUGCUUUAAUAAACAUUUUAAUUGUUUUAAUUGAAGGUAGUACGAUUAAAUCUGUGAACUCCUGUCUUCCUCCUGCUCAAAAUACAUUUAACAUUCAAUGUGGACGUGGAUUUAUGGUGCGGAUAACUAAAUCAUUUUAUGGAUAUAAUUCUCGUGGACAAUGUGGUUACCAGCUAGGAGACUGUAUAUACGAGGACCAUGAGCGACAUUCAUGUGUUGGUCAGGAAUCGUGUACUUUACCCAUUCCAGCUAGUAAUGACUAUAUUCCAGAAUGUCAGAAAGAUAGCAGCUAUUAUCAGAUAGAUUAUCAAUGUGUUCCUGCUGCUGAGUCGUACAAUAUCUGUGAUACUCCAUUAGUAACAGAACAGAGAGGGUACAUUAAAACACCAAACUAUCCUAAUAACUAUGGGUUUAACCACCACUGUAUCACAAAUAUAAGAGUCGAAAAAUACCAAACGGUCAAGUUACAUGUGAUCGACAUGGAUCUGGAGAGUAAUGGAAGUUAUGGGUGUAUCGACUGGAUGUAUGCCAAGGAUGGACGGAGGAGUGUUACGUUAUGUGGGAGACGGUGGAAUGAACCGUUGGUUAUGUCAUCUAAUGAGUUACUGAUCCAACUAAAUACCAACAGUAUCAGUAACCAUAAAGGAUUCUGGCUUUAUUUUGAAGCCACGCCUCCCAUUACAACAACAACCAAAGAACCCACAACCUCUAUACAGCAGAAAACAUCAGCACCGCUCCAUCUUAAAGAACAAACCAUACCAAUCAGGAUUAACCCACAGUACACAGAACCAGAAAAUAAACUACCUUUUGCGGAGAUAGUCGGAGGGGUAAUAGGUACAUUAAGCUUGAUACUGGUAAUACUUCUGGUCUUACUGGCAGUAAAAUGGUAUAAAGAGAGACGGAGACGGGACAACAAAAAUAGAUUUAUGGAAGUACAGAAUCCUGCCUACAGAAACAGUACAGAAUUCAGACAAAGUCGGACGGAACCUUGUUACAACUAUAUGGAUGUGUAGCAUCUAAAAGCUUUUACAUCAAUUGCUUAAUCUCAAUCAAAAUAAACAUUCAUGUGAUCUCCAAAAAAUGGCAGAUUGUUGUUUUUGAAAACAUUAGAAGUAUUCCAAACGAAAGAUAAACAAUGAAGAAAGAUUCUUGGCAAAAGAAGAAGAAUAUUUGAGUAGAAUGUAGAUAUAAAUAUUAUGGGAUGUCGUAGUACUAUGAUAGUAACAGAUUUAGAUACUAAGCUGGGAUACCGUGCCAGAAAUUUAAACGUCAUAGAUAAACAUAUGUUUAUAAAUAUAUUUGUCAAAACAUUUGUUGGCACAAUUUGUGAAAAGUGCCUUAAUGAUUCUUCAAGUGCAAUAUAGAUGAUGAGGUUGUUGUCAUGUAGCUGAUGAGGUUGUUGUCAGGGAGAAGAACUUUGUAGAGGACAAUAUACUUUAAUAUAGUAACUUUAUAAAAAGAAAAAUGUAACAAAUCAAACUUUAUAUUCAUUUACUUUGAACAAGAAUUGUACAAAAUAAGAAAAAGCAAUGUAAUUCAUCAUAUAACAAAAAAAAUGUUCAGGUUACAAAACAUAAUUUUAUUUGCAUUUAAUUCUCUAGAAGUCAUAACUUUAAGUUUUUAAAGAAAUCAUAAUGCUACUGCAACAUUUUAAUUUUGCUGAACAGACUCAAAAAGUUUUUCUUUAGUAUGUAUUUUUACAUUUGGCCUUAUUAAUAUAUCUUUGUCAUAGAACAAUAUGACCAUAUAUUAGGUUAUUUAUACAUCUGGUUUUGAAUGUGAUUUUGACCCAAGAAGGAGCAGUUUAAUCUUUCAACAGUUCGUUGUCUUGUUACACAACCAUGUACAAUGCAUUUAAAUUUUGCAUUAAAAUAUACUGUGAAAAAUAGUGAUAAAGAGACACAUGCGAAAAUUUCCAAAUAUAUAUGAUAUGAGUAUAUGUGCAAUGUAAACUAUACCACAAGUCAGUAGAAACUUGUUAUUAAUCUGUGAUAUGUGCCAAUAUUUGGACACACUCAAUAUGUUAGUGCAAUAUUGUCAUUGUUAUAUAUUUCAUGUCUUAAGUUAUGGCUAUUCUUGGUUUCCAUAUUUGCUAUUCAUCCUAUUUCAUAAGUUAUGACCCAUAUUGCUUACCAUACUCUUGUUAUUUAUGUGUCAUAACUCACUCUCAUACUUCGUGCACUCAUAGACUGAUGUAAAUAAUUCCUAAAUUAAAUUAUGUCCCUAAUUGUUUUUCAUACAUUGUUAAUCAUAUCAUUAUUUAUGUCUGACAUUGCUUUCCAUACAUUUUUGUCUGCAUUCUGUUUUGUUCCUCAUUUUCUGUAUGUUUAAGUUGUGCUAAUUUCUAUUUCAUUAAAUUAUCAUUAAAUUAAUUAUAAUAAUU